AUGAAGGUCAUCUUCCAACUCGUCCCUCUCCUCGCAGCGGCCCUCCACGUCUCCGCACACGGUGUCAUCACAGCUGUAUCAGGCACGAACGGCGUUACUGGUGCAGGUUUCGGUGUCGUUGCCACCACCCCCCGCGACGGCUCCCGACGCAAUCCAUUCCAACAAGACUCCAGCAUUAUCCGCGACAAGGAAAUAUCCAGCGGCAAGGCUGACGUCUGCGGGCGAACACUCGGAGGAGGCGUCAACAACGUGCAGACGAUGCUUGCAGCGGCGUCAACCGCUGGUCUACCUACUGCUGCUCCCGACGGCUCCGUCCAAAUGACACUCCACCAAGUCAACGGUGAUGGCGCGGGACCGUACACAUGCCAGGUUUCCGCUGAUGCUACUGGACAAAACUUUGUCGCUAUGACCGUCACGACCCAAGUACCCGGAAAGAACUCCAGGAGUAACGCCAAAGCCACGGAUUUCCCACUCGUCGCCCAAAUGCCUGCUGGUAUGACUUGCACCGGCGGUCCUAACGGCGACGCCUGCCUCGUUCGAUGCCGCAACGCCGCUACUGCUGGUCCUUUCGGAGGAUGUGUUGCUGUCACCACUGCAGACAGCGCGAACGUUGCUCCAGCCGCCGCUGCCGGGACUGCCACUGGCGUUGCCGCAACUGGUGCCGCAGCUGGUUCCAACGUCGCGAACGGUGCCGGUGUCGUUGCUGCCAAUGGUGCCAAUGGCGUUGCCGCUGCCGCCGCUCCAGCAGGUGCUGCGCUUGGUAACGCUGGCACUGCUGUCGCAGGAACUGGAGCCGCCGCCGGUGCUGCUGGGAACGCUGUUGCUGGUGCCGCUGGCACUGCUGCUGCAGGUCUCUCUGGAACGGCCGCAGGAGGGGCCGCAGGAGGCGUCGCUGGUACAGCAGGCUCCGCCGUUGCGGGUCUCCCUGGUGUCGCCUCUAGCGGAAACGGAGGCGCUGCUAUCGCCGGGGAUGGUGGCAUCACUACCGGUUCAGGUAGCGCAAACGGAGGAGCUGCGGUUUCCGGGGCUGGGGCCACUGGAUCUGCGACCCAAGCUGGGGCCACUAGCGGCCGCACCUUCGCAAAUGCACAGGCGGGAAAAGCAGGGUUCGCACGCGCAAUUUCGAGGACUCAGAAGAAGGUCGUGCAAGCGGAGGAAACAGCCAUUCCCGAUGUUUCGCUUGAGGAAGCUGAUGCGGCUCUUGCUAAGGAUCUUGACCGCCGAGAGCGUGUGGGGCGCUCGAGGAUUGUUGGUCGCCAAAUCCUUUGA